AAAUACUAUUGUUUUUUCAUCUUAGGUCUGAGGGUAACAGUGUUACUAACGUCAUCCCUCAUGGUAUUGGGAGCUGGCCUGAGAUGUGUUCCAGUUUCAGACAUAGAAAUUAGGAAGAAGCUGAUCCACGGAGGGCAGCUGUUAAACGGCUUGGCGGGGCCCACGGUGAUGAACGCGGCUCCCUUCCUUUCCACGACAUGGUUUUCUCCGGACGAGCGCGCCACGGCCACAGCCAUCGCCUCGCUGCUCAACUCCCUGGGCUCUGCUGCUGCCUUCCUGGUGGGGCCUCUGGUGGUGCCACCUCCCAAUGGCACAGCUCACCUGCUGUCACAGAGCAACACCCAGCACAUCAAGGACCGCAUCGAGGCCAUGCUCUAUGCAGAAUUUGGAAUGGUUUCCUUGAUAUUUUCUGCAGCGUUGGCCUACUUCCCCUCGCGCCCUCCAUUUCCCCCCAGUGUGGCUGCAGCGAGCCAGCGGCUCAGCUACAGGAGAAGUUUUUGCAGACUCUUAAGCAAUUUCCGAUUCUUGAUGAUUGCUUUAGCCUAUGCGAUACCACUGGGUGUUUUCUCUGGCUGGUCUGGUGUUCUGGAUUUGAUAUUAACACCCAUUCAUGUAAGCCAGGUGGAUGCAGGCUGGAUUGGAUUUUGGUCUACAGUUGGAGGUUGUGUGGUUGGCAUAGCAAUGGCAAGAUUUGCAGAUUUUAUCAGGGGCAUGCUGAAGUUCAUACUGCUGCUGCUUUUAUCUGGAGCAACAUUAGCAUCAACCUGGUUCACUCUCACCUGUCUAACUACUGUCACUCAUCUGCCUUUAACCACAGCUACACUGUACACAUCCUGCAUUUUGCUGGGUAUAUUCCUCAACAGCAGCGUACCAAUAUUCUUUGAGCUCUUUGUGGAGACAGUCUACCCUGUUCCAGAAGGAAUAAGCUGUGGAGUUGUCACCUUUUUGAGUAAUGUGUUCAUGGGAGUGCUUUUGUUUUUCCUCACAUUUUACCAUACAGGUAAGAAAUACAAGCCACUUGAAAAAUUUAAUUCUCCUUAA